AUGGCAGCAGACAUCCCCAUCAUCGACGCCCACAUCCAUCUGUACCCCGAAGCUGAGAUCUCGACGCUGGCAUGGUGCACACCAGAACACCCAUUGGCGAAGCAGCACUCGCUCGAGGAGUACAAUACCGCCACCGGUGACUCCAAACCCCAGGGCUUCAUCUUCGUGGAGACAGACCGCAAGAACGACCUGGAGUCCGGCGUGAAGGAUGGCAGCGGGUGGAAAUACCCGCUCAUGGAGGUCUCGUGGCUGAAGCGUAUCAUCGCCGGCCAACCAAAAGACGGCGAGGGCCACACCAAGGAGGAUGCCGCGAUGUGCACGGCUUUCAUCCCCUGGGCCCCGUUGCCGAGUGGGGCUGUGGUCAUGGAGAAGUACAUCGACAUGGUGAAGAAGGAGGCCGGGGAUAGCUGGCCCAAGGUCAGAGGGUUCCGGUAUCUCCUGCAGGACAAGCCCAAGGGGACCAUGCUCCAGGAUAACUUCAUCGAGAGUUUGAAGUUCCUAGGUCGGAAGGGAUUCGUCUUUGACCUCGGUGUCGACCAACACAACCGUGGCAGAGCCCAGCUUGAGGAGGUUGUUGAGAUGAUCGAUCGCGCCCACGACGGCGUACCCGAGGAGCAGAAGGUGGUCUUCAUCAUCAAUCACAUGUGCAAGCCUGACUUGACGGUCUACAACACUCACACAGACACUUCAUUCAUCGCCUGGAGAACGGCCAUAUACACUCUCAGCAAAUGCAAUAAGACGUACAUGAAGUUAUCAGGCGGCUUCCCUGAAAUGCCAGACUCGCUUAAGCAGCGCUCCGCCGAGGACAUCUUCGACGCCCUCAUGCCGUGGAUGACGAUCCUCGUGGCGUCAUUCGGUGCCUCGCGCAUCAUGUUCGCCAGUGAUUGGCCGGUGUGCACGGUAGGGGUUGGCGACGGGGCGUGGACCAAGUGGAAGAAGAUCGUGGAGCGCCUCUGCUGGAUGGCGUCUUUUGAGGAAGAGGAGAAGCGUAUGGUUUGGGGAGGCACGGCGUUGAAGGCUUAUGGCAUCGAGCAGUGA